AUGAGCUUCAUGAUGUGUCUUCAGACUUGUCCAGCUGGGCUCCGCCCUCUCAAGCCACAUCGUCACUGCCCCGACUGGGACCGUCUUGCUGCCGACGACCUCCAAGCCAUCAAUGGCGCACGGGGCUCCGCCCUUCCCAACUCCAUCCACAACCACGACAAGGACCAUCCCAAGACCCUGUCGUCUCUUCUUGGCUGCGACAUCGAUAAUGCCAACUGCCCACAACAUCUCUCGCCCAUCACCUACCGGGCCUACGCCCUGUACUCCACGGCCUUCGCCCACCACUACCUCAGCUGGGCGGUCUACCUACCAGACAGACUGUGGGAGUCACUGCUCAAGUUGCAAGAUGAUCUCAAUAAGCUUCAAUGUCACGACUCCAAGUCCAAGCCUCUCCACCAGUGUGACAAGGCCCUGCCCCUCCUCUACUCUCACGGGUUCACUCCACCAGAAGGGACACUACAAUGA